CUAUCCACACGCAUAUGGUGCAAUAGAUGGGCAAAGUUUAACACAGUCAAGCAGCCGAUUUCUGCUCUUCAAGGCUAAAGCGAGCAAUGACGGACUACGAUGAUCGAAGCAACUGUGCACCUAAUAUGUAUUUACCAUACUAUGUUUCUGCGCCUGAUUUCUCAUCGGUCUCGUCGUUUUUACCACAGACUCCAUCGUGUCAAGUUAAUUUUCCCUAUUCUUCGAACAUAGCUCAAGUCCAACCUGUUCGUGAGGUGUCUUUCAGGGACUAUGGACUUGAUCAUCCGAGUAAAUGGCAUUACAGGGGCAAUUACGCUUCAUACUAUUCAACGGACGAGAUAAUGCACCGAGAUCUCCUGCAGUCUUCCAAAAGAGCGGAAAUGAUUUUUAAAAACGAUUCCAUGUAUAGCCAUCACGGCAGCAGUAACUCCUCAAGCAGUUUAUUCACCAACGUCGGCCGAAACGGGGUACUUCCACAAGGAUUUGAUCAGUUUUUUGAGACUGUUAACCCUGAGAAGCCCAACCCUGAGCAGUCGAAACAAAAGCCAGAGAACAGUGUCCCCGGAGAUGCUGCAUGUUAUAAAGUGUCUACAGAUAGCGCGGAGCAGACCAAACGAGACCCUGCUGAAACCACAGAGGAGGAAUCCUCAAUAUCAACAUGCGAUGAAGAAAAGAACAACGGCUCAAGUACAACAAAGUCCAGAAAAAAGAGAUGUCCAUAUUCGAAAUACCAGAUCCGAGAACUUGAACGAGAAUUCUUUUUCAAUGUGUACAUAAACAAAGAGAAGCGCCUGCAGUUGUCAAGAAUGCUCAAUCUUACAGACCGACAAGUGAAGAUUUGGUUCCAGAACCGAAGGAUGAAAGAGAAAAAGUUGAACCGAGAUCGUCUCCAGUAUUUCACUGGAAAUCCAUUGUUCUGAAAGUCAUUAUUUUGUUCGAUUGGCUUCGGCAGAAGAUCAUGACUUUUUUUUGUUUUUUUGUUAUUAUUUUAAUUUUAAUUGUAUUUUUACAUAGUGCAUUUGACAAAACAGACAGACCACACAGAUUAUUUUUUACGUCAACACUCUACUUUAUAACUCUGCAAAAUAUUUGCUAUCAUAAGCCAAUGCUUCUUCUAAAAACAACUGUGAAAGUAAAGGUACUUAGACAAUCUCUUUAUACUUUGGUCUUAUACUGUUUAUGUGUUAAUGCCAUUGAAAUGCAAACAUUUUGUAUUUGUAUUUAUUUAUUGUAUUAUACAUUGUGCAUUUAAAUAGAUUCAAAUUAAUUAACGGUUCUCAUUGCGCAAGCAACAAAUAAGUUUGGUUACAGUAAUCAAUAUGUAAUUACAAUGAGGUAGAGCUGUGUAUGCAUU